AUGCCCGAUCUCGGAUUUGACCCACUCAAUCGCGAACCGCCAGCUACUGAACUGGUGUCAUCGUUUCUUACAACAAAAGAUGCCUACGAUCGCAAUCAUGGAGGCAUACCAGAGAUAGAAGCAUCAAAACAUCAUGUGCGAGUUGAUGGCGCAGUGCAGGACAUAUUGGACCUGUCAGUAUCUGACCUGGAAGCCUUGCCUCAACAUACGGUCGUCUCUGCACUUCAAUGUGCUGGCAUCAGAAGACACACAAUGCGUACAGCCAUCAAAGAAGUCCAAGGGAUCGACUGGUUUGAUGGAGCAGUGAUGAACUGCAAAUGGCAAGGACCGAGACUGAAGGACAUUCUGGAGAAGGCAAAGGUCAUUCUUACCAAGGAAGAGAAAGGCCAUGUAGCAUUUGCAAGCCAUGCGCAACCAUGUCAGGAGGACGAUUGGUACGGAGCCUCGAUAGAUCUUGAGAGGGCGCUGGAAGAAGACAAGGAUGUGAUAUUGGCACUUGAGGUGAGAUGGGGUGUUGCUCGAACAUGA